CUUUCCCAGCAGGUUCGCACUGCUCGUAAAGCUCAUCGCGCCCUCAGCAAGAGGGCCAGCCUGCCAGAGAACUGCAGGACUCUGCAACAAAAACGAUGACAGUCUAAAAUACGCCCUGUGCUAACUUCCGAACUGAUCUGUCACCUCAGACUCUGCCUCGUUGACCGAGCAGCAGAAUUUCAACUCCAAUUAGCUCAAAUGUGUUUCUGGGCAAAGAAGCAAAGCUAACGAAAGAAGAGAUUUAAAGAGUAUUGGGUAUUUGUCAAACUUUUAUUCUGUGGCUGUGUGCAAGGAGGGGAUUCGACUUCCAUUUUCUGCCAAGGCUCUGGGUCCAGCCACCUACCAGAAGGUCUUGAAAGCAUGAAGACUGUGCUCUUUUUCCUGUCCAUUUUGGGAACUGCAGCUGCAAUCCCGACAAAUGCAAGGUUCUUACCUGGUCAUUCCCACCCAACUGCUGAUUCCUUGAGUUCUGUAACACAGGAUGAAAUGUUAGUAACACCUGACGGCACUACAGUACCCAUUUUAAGGGCUGAAAAUGAAGAAAAUGAAAAGGAAACUGCAGCAUCUGUAGAAGACCAUCCUAACAGUAAGGCUGAAAAAUCCUCAGUACAAAAGUCAAAGGAGGAAAACCAUGACCAGUCAGCAGAUCAAGACCAGAGUUACAGCGAAGAGUUGGGAUUACAGGAUCAAGAAGAGGAAAGCGAAACUGACUUAAGUGAGAAUUUGGAGUACACACCAACUGAAGGUACAUUGGACCUAAAAGAAGAUAUGAGUCAGCCUCAAAAGAAAAAACUCCCAGAGAACAUUGAUUUCCUUGCUCCUAAUAUUAGUUUCAUUAUAGAUUCUAACCAAGAAGAAAGCAUCACAACGACAGAAGAAAACCUAGUAGAGCUUAUAAUUGAUUUACAUCCUCAGUUGAACAGAAGCAGCAAACACAAUGAAGACCUAAGUGAUCAAGAAAACCAACAGCAGGAUCCAAACAUUCCCAGUGGAGAAGAGAAAGGAGAAAAACAGCCAGGUACAGUUGACACCCACAGUGAUAACCAAGAAAGGGAGAGAGGAUUUUCCCCGGAGCAUUCUAACAGCAAGCAGGAAGAAGACAGUACCCGAUCUGAUGAUAUUUUGGAAGAGUUGAAUCGACCAACUCAAGCAAGCAAGAUGCAAAAAGAUGAUUUUGAGCAGGUUCACCAAGAACAAGAAGAGGAUAACUCCAAUGAAGAAACGGAAGAGGAAACUGUUUCAAAAAUCAAGUACAAUCAAGAUUCUGAAUGGCAGGGCCAAGAGGAAAAAGUUGGCCUUGAAGUUAUCAGUAACCCUGAGGAGAGGGAGAAAAAGACUGUUUCUGAGGCUUUGCUCCUAGAGCCUACUGAUGGUGGUGAUGAUGGCCCCAGACACAGCACAAGUGAUGACGACCUCACCCCAGGCGAGGCCUUCCAGGUGGAUGAGAGAGCUACUUCCAAUUACUAUCACAUCAAACAUGAGGAGCAAAGAGAAAGGGCACAGGAGAGUGAGAAUGCCAAAAAAGCAGAGAGUUCACUGAAUGAAGAUGAAAGUUCAAGUGAAGGCAACAUGAAUGUGUACAAUGUUGAUUCUUGUAUGAAUUUCCAGUGUAAGAGAGGACACAUGUGUAAAGCUGACCAACAGGGAAAACCCCACUGUGUGUGUCAAGAUCCAAUGACUUGUCCUCCUACAAAACUCCUUGACCAAGUUUGUGGCACUGACAAUCAGACCUAUGCUAGCUCCUGUCAUCUAUUUGCUGCAAAGUGCAGACUAGAGGGGACCAAAAAGGGCCACCAACUGCAGCUGGAUUAUUUUGGAGCCUGCAAAUCUAUUCCUGCUUGUACGGACUUUGAAGUGACUCAGUUUCCUCUAAGAAUGAGAGACUGGCUCAAGAAUAUCCUCAUGCAACUUUAUGAGUCUAACCCUGAACACUCUGGAUAUUUAAAUGAGAAGCAGAGGAAUAAAGUCAAGAAAAUUUACCUGGAUGAAAAGAGGCUCUUGGCUGGGGACCAUUCCAUUGACCUUCUCUUAAGAGACUUUAAGAAAAACUACCACAUGUAUGUGUAUCCUGUACACUGGCAAUUUAGUGAACUUGACCAGCAUCCUGUGGACAGAGUCUUGACACAUUCCGAACUCGCUCCUUUGCGAGCGUCUCUGGUGCCCAUGGAACACUGCAUAACUCGCUUCUUUAAUGAGUGUGACCCCAACAAAGACAAGCACAUCACCCUGAAGGAGUGGGGCCACUGCUUUGGAAUUAAAGAAGAAGACAUAGAUGAAAAUCUCCUGUUUUGAAUCAAGAGCCGAAAGAACUCAAACUUUCCAGCAUCCUCCUCUGUUCUGACCACGUCUGAAAUAUAUGCAGCCAUUUGUAGAUUUAAUUUAGCAAAAUGUUUGCAUGUCUGAGAAGACAAUGAGAGCAAUUGCUUGAUAACUGCAUAUGCACCAGGCAUUUAACAUUAACUUUGGACAUAAAACUUUAAAAUUAAGCAAAGUCAAUAUAUGCAAAAUACUGUAUGCUGUUUGUAAACAGGGAGCUUAACGCAUCACUCUGCAUCCAUUUGUGAGAUGUGUUCAUUUUGUCUAUAAUAUAAUGUGCAUGUCAAGAAAAUGAAAUAAUGCUCAUUUGUUGUGAAUGUAUAUUAUUUUUGAUGUCUUAACACCCUAAUAAAAACCCAUAGAAACCCAAAUGCUUAUUGAUGUU